AUGACAAAUAUAUCCCAGUAUCCUAGCGAUGUUACAACCAACACAAAUAAUCAUCAUAAUUCCACAUUGCCUAUGGAUGUAGACAUAGAAGGAACUACAAAUUCACCCUCGCAAACGCCAGCAUAUUCAGAGGAUCAAAAUACUUCACAAUCUUGUUCACCCCUUUUAAAUGAUCAGAGUGGAGAAGUUCCAUGUAUCCAAAUGACGCAAAAUAACUUGGGAUAUUCAUCCAAUCAACCACUUACGUCUUCAAACCUUGUAACAAUUAAUAUUGGAUUACAAGAGUUAUACAAAAGUUAUAAAUUGAUUGAAGAAGACAAUAAAAAAUUACAGGAGAGGUUAAAGGAAUCCGAAGAAACUGUUAAUGCGUAUGUAAAUGCUAGUAUCGAAAAAGAUGAAAUUCUUAAAAAUAAAACCGAUGAACUUCUUGAAAUUCAAAAGAAAUUGUUUGAGCAAAGUUUCGAACAUGAUUUCAAAUUAAAAAAACUUAUUCCCUAUAAAUCAAGAGUUGAAGAAACAUUGCGUAUUGUUGAUGAGUUAAAACAAGAGAUUAAAGAACUUCGAGAUGAAAAGAGUUCUGUUAGAAAUAAAUAUUCGGAAUUGAAACAAAGUUUCAACGAUCAAAAAGUUACUUUACAACAAUUGAAACAAAACAAGGAAAAACUUGAAUCAAGAUGUAAUGAAUUAGAUCAACAAUUAAAAGAAAAAAGAUCUCAAAUCCGAGUGUUAAAACAAAAGAAUACCGAAUUAGAAGAUGAGGCAUCAAGCUAUCAAUCUGCUCUUGGAGUUGCGACGAAUUUUAAAUUAAGUGACGAUGAUCAAAAUCAUACAGUUCAAUAUAACGAAGAUAUUUUAGCAUUACAUGAUACUUUAGAAAAUUAUGUUACGAAUUUGAAACCUAAAAUAGACGUUAAUGUGGAAGAAGCGAAGAAGCUUUUAAUUGAGUAUGGAAGUCAAGCCAAGAUUUCUAGUAAAGACCCAAACAAGCCGCUUAUUAAAGCUGUUUUACAGCGCCAUGUACUUCGAGAAAUUUUCAAAUAUGUGAAUAAAUAUUUCACAUGUUCAAGUAAAGACUAUUACCUUGAAUCAGACAUCGUCACGAAAUCUAAUGAGUUAAUUGAACUAAUGGAACGAUUUUGCGAUACACGUGUUGGUGAGGAUGAAGUAACUCGAGUUACGCCCAUAAAAUUACGUCAGCAAGUUUAUGCUGCGCUUGGUACUCGAGGGUUUAGCGAUAUUAAAAAAUCCGAUGGAGAUUCCGUGCAUGACUAUAUACGUCAUAUCUCAAACAAAAUCAAUGAGAUGAUGAACGUUUAUCGUGUCAUUAAAGACGUGGAUAAAAAAAAGUAUGUGGAUGCGUUAGCGGAAGAUUUAAUUCGAAAUGUUUUUAGAAUUUUUUAUUUUCGUUCUAAUAUUCAAGAACCGAAAGCUUUAUUUCACUGGUUUAAUUAUAAUGAAAAAAUCGAUAAAUCCUUCAUGAAAGGCAGCUGGGGGGAGGAUGAGGAUGAUUUGGUUGUUGAAGUUUGUUCUUUCCCGCUAAUCUAUUCAAAUACAAAUGGUUUAAAAAUUUAUACCCCUGCAAAGGUCUUACCAGUUCAUGUUGUGAAACAAAGUUUUGCUGAAAAAUUACAGAAUGUAGGUCAUAAAAUCAAAAAAACCAUCACCGGAUCAAAAUCAGCAGAAAAUAAUCAAGAAGAUCAAGAAGAAUCAAAUGAUAAAAAUGAUAAAUCCGCCACGUCAAUUUACUCGGAUGAAUCGGAUUAUUAUUCUCCUACUGAAGCAACGAAUGAUCCAAACAGGACGGAACUUAUUACUGACAAUCCAGAUAGCACUCAAGAAAAUGAAUAUCAAACAUCAAAUGCUCAAGAGUAUGUAUGCGUAUAA